AUGGUCUUUGUGACUGACCCCAGUGCUCGAAAAGGACGAGACUCCCCGGUUAUUGCAGCACCAGGGAUGACGAGGGGGAACGCUGGGAACAGAUCAUGGACCACCAGGGACUUAGAGGACGAUGAGGAGGAGGAAAGGGUGGACGUGCUGACAGAGGAGGCUGCUCUCAAAAACAUCCUAGAGCAGCUCCAGGGCCAAGAGAAGGAUGAGGCCCAGCAGCUCAUGUUCCUGCACACCAUCAACCCCGCGUGUCUCGCUGCACAGCAGAGAGGGCAGGACACACUGGAGCCGCACUGCUGCAAGGCGGCUGUGGUGGAGAGGAUUGUGGAGCUCAUUGAGGAGCUUCCUGAUGAUUCUCCCCCCGGCGCCGUCCUGGCCAACUCCCUGAUUGCUGUGGGCAACCUCAGCACCAUGACACCUGCCCUUGAGCCAGAGCUGGAGACCCACCUCCUUCGAGCUGCCCUGCAUGCAGUCUUCACUCUGGGCACAGAGAAGGACACCGCCCAAGUCCAGGAUCUGCAUAGGGUCUUGCCAGACCUCCUGGAUGCCAUGCUGGGGAACCCGCUGGCAGAGUCCCCAGACACCAACAGGCUCCACUACAUCUUGGAGGUGACCCCCCCCGCUGGUCACAACAAAUGGUCCAAGGAGAAGCACAUCAAGGGCCUGCGGGACGCCGAGCGCAGCCGGCUCUUCCAGAAGCUUGCCAUGCUGCUGCGCUUUGCCCGCAAAGGCCAGCAUCCUUCUUGGCUGCUGGAGGAGAGGAUGCUGGUCUGA